AUGGUGAUGGUAAUGAAGAUUGAUACGAACAGAUUAAUGGAGGACGUCUCGGCAACGCAGCUUCUUCUCCUUUCCGGUCUACUUUUUCUGCUGCCUUGCUUUGCUUAUGCUGCCUGCGACGAACUCGACCGUGAUGCUCUCUUGUCCUUGCCUUUCAAGGCACCGUUGAAUUGGUCUGCUUCGACUGACCGCUGCCUUUGGGAUGGAAUCACCUGCGACCCACUUGACCGUCGCCGCGUCAUCCGCCUCUCUGGACACAUCGGCGAUGGCAUUGUGAAGCUCACCAAUCUCAAGAUCAUAGAGCUCCACUCAAACAGCCAUAUUGGUAACCUUUCAAUGUUGGAAAAGCUGCUGCUCCCCACCAACAACUUCACAGGUCCCUUGCCUUCUUCUCUCACCAACUGCACAAUUCAAUCGACCUUGAAUUUGCAGGUCAAAAACUUGACUGGAGAGCUCUCUGCCUUCAAUUUUUCAACUGUCCAACGCCUCGCCAUUCUGGACCUUGGCAACAACAACUUCAUUGAGGUCGGUGAUAAGGUGGACAGAAGUUCUCUUGAGUUGCCCGUCUUUUUGAAGCCCAACAGUGCUAAUAAACAGCAGUACAAUCAGCUGUCCAACCUCCGUCCAGCCAUAUAUCUUCACUGGCAUCAUCCUGGAACAGAUUUCCAACCUUACCAACUUAAGAGAUUGUGGACCUCUCUUAUAACCAUCUCUCCGGCGAAAUCCCUGCUUCUCUCGAACGUCUACACCAACUCUAGCUUUGAAUGCAAUCCAGGAUUCUUGUCAAAGCCUUCAACCAGCAUUUACGGAUACUCUGAGAUCCAAGCCAAAGACAUCUUUGGGAUUUUCUUUGGCAUUGGCUUUGCCAUUCGUCUUAACGUUGAUGAUAAAAGAAUUCCAUUCAUCGGUGGCCGCAGGAAGUAA